AAUCAUUGUUCAUUUGCGCAUAGAUAUCGUAAUUGGCCAUUACAUUAGAUCGAAUUGAAUUAACCGCAUAAAAAUAAACAAAUCUAUUCGAAUAUCCGGGCCGCAUAUAAUUUAUACCCAACGACGAUUUAGAGCGAUUGUUCCCAAUUGGUUGUGCUUGCAAUUGCUAAGGCUCUUAUGCAAUUUCCUCUGGAUGCUUAAAAGCGUCGAGAGCAGCGAGCAAACGUAACCUCGAAAAAAAUUGUUUUGCUUGGGAAUUCGUAUGUGCGUAGGCGUUUGGAGUUCGUAGCGAGUAAUGUUGUUUAAAGCGAUCGUUAAAAGUGACGUCAAGGGAGAUAAGAAUAAGCCAGCAUAAGCGUACACGUAGAAUAAAAUGUCAUGAGCUGGCACGAAAUAAACAUUCGUUUCAACCUUAACGUUUGCGGGGAAAAAGAGUGGAUUGUGCCGGUGAACGGUGCACUCCCUAUAAACACUUAUUACAAAGCCUUGCUUUUACAUUAAUUUAUUACGGCACCUGUGAGUCACGCUACCUGUUUACUAUUUUUGAAGAUUUUUUUUUCUCAUAUUUAUGAUUAUCGAAUGGCAAUUAGUCGGCUUACUUAAUAAGAGUUACCAUAACCUUCCGUUUUGCCCCAAGAACUAUUUGCUUAUACCAAUAACGAGCAUGAAGAUAGUUAAGCAUUAUAAAUGCGAGAGCGUUAGCUUAUACAAUAAGAUACAGUGCUCUCUUGAUGAUAUUUUGUAUAUAUUUACUAUAAAUGCUUAUCAUUUAUAUUAAGACAGAACAGUAUUCGUACGAAUGCGCAUUGUAUCAAGCAUGCUCGCAGCUUUGUAAUACCUUUACAAUUUUUACAGCUAUAAAUAAAUUUUAACGUUGUCCAAUGAUGCUACGUAAAAGGAAUAUUAAUAUUAAGGUUGUAAAAGAGCUCGAUGCAUUUCCUAAAAUACCAGAAGACUAUAGGAAACAAUCGGCUGUCGGUGGAGCAUUUUCGCUGGCAAGCUUUUGUAUAAUAAUAUAUCUCAUUUAUGCCGAAACAUCUUACUUUCUAGACAGUAGAUUAGAAUUUAAAUUCGAACCGGAUACAGAGUAUAACAGUCGAUUACAGAUGAACAUUGAUGUAACGGUAGCAAUGCCGUGCUCGCAAAUUGGUGCCGACGUUGUAGAUUCUACAAAUCAAAAUUUAAUGACAUUGGACACUCUGCGCGAAGAGGACACGUGGUGGGACUUAACGCCCGAUCAGCGUGCUCAUUUUGAAGCUCUGAAGCACAUGAAUUCUUAUUUCAGAGAAGAAUAUCAUGCCAUUCACGAAUUGUUAUGGAAAUCCAACCAACUAACAUUUUCUAACGUAAUGCCAAAGAGAACUUACACACCCUCCUACCCACCAAACGCAUGUCGAAUUUACGGAACUUUAAACAUAAAUAAGGUUGCCGGAAACUUUCAUGUGACCUGUGGCAAGUCAUUAACGCUCCCCCGAGGACAUGUUCAUAUUUCAGCAUUCAUGCCCGAGCGAGAAUAUAACUUCACGCAUAGGAUCAAUCGCUUCUCAUUUGGUAAACCUAGUCCAGGAAUUAUUCAUCCACUGGAGGGUGAGGAGAAAGUCACAACUGAAAAUGCAGUGCUCUUUCAAUAUUUCAUCGAAGUUGUAUCUACUGAUAUAAAUAUGUUAAUGUACAAGUCAAAAACAUAUCAGUACAGUGUCCAGGAUCACGAAGUGAAAGCUAAAUUACGGAAAGGUUCGCAUGCAAUAAGUGGAAUAUUUUUUAAUUAUGACACCAGUGCAUUGAAAAUUAAGGUGAUACAAGAGCGCGACUCUAUUUGCCAAUUUUUAGUCAAAUUGUGUGCAUCUAUUGGUUGCAUUUUUGUAACGAACGGUUUAUUGAACAACAUGGUACAAAAUUUUUGGACAAUAUUUUCUUAUAAAUUUUUCCAAAAUCAGGAAGAUAAAUCUCAUCAGAAAAUCACUGUAAACAAUAAAGCCAAUCAGAAAAUAAAAUCUAUUAAUUUAGUGAACGUAUUUACACCAUCGAGCGUUGAUAAUGUUAAUAUAAUAUCAAAACCACAAUGAAAUUAAGAUAAUCUCAUCCAAUAUUGGAAUAA